CGGAUGCUGCGGACGUCAUCCUAUAUCCAAAGCGACCUGAAAUUCGCGCCAAAUGAAAUUCUAAAUUCAAAACGAGUUUUAAAAAACGAAACAAUUUUACGAAAUAUCUGCAAAAAGAGGGUUUUUCUUAAUUUACUUGUAGGGAAAAUAUAAAACCUUUUUUGUGAAUUUUAAGUGAUGUUCUGUUUGUAUAAUGAUUGAAUCGAUAUCCCAAUAACACCAAGAUGCAAGACAUAACAUAGUACGAACAAGAUAUACGAUGACAAAAUUUAUCCACCCGGCGCUAUGUCAUAAAUCUUCUUGCUAUGACUAAUAUCACGUCGGGGCUUGAAGAUUUCAAAUGCAAACUCCUCACUGGGCCCAGCUGCUCCGACGACUUAAUACCAGGUCUUGAAUGUUCGGAGAACGUAACUUUCCUCUACAACUGCGAGCUAAAUUUGGAUCUUCAGAAUGAAACUUCUUAUACCUGCGUCAAAUGUGCCAUGGGUAAUAAUAGCGACGCUACUUCAUGCGAUUUUAAGCUCAAUUUGAUGACAGUUGUCUAUGAAAAUGCUCUAAAGAACGUGUGGCUGAAACUACCAGAUUACCUGUGUGAUUGGAACGAUUUGGAAUGUUUCCAUGACUCGCUGCGGACGUACCGUGUUACAAAUGACAGUUUGAGUGUUGUAGAAAGUUUUCAGUGUAAGUGGAAUUAUGGUAAUGUCACGGAAGAUGUAGGUGUAGGGGCGCGAUAUGAAUGGACAUUUUUGUUCGUCAUUUUGUUUAUAGUGGCGGGUGGGCUGGGCAAUAUUCUAGUUUGUUUGGCUGUGUGCCUCGAUAAGAGAUUGCAAAAUGUUACGAACUACUUUCUAUUGUCUUUGGCAAUAGCGGACUUGUUGGUUAGUUUGUUUGUGAUGCCAAUGGGAGCGAUACCAGGGUUUUUAGGUUAUUGGCCGUUAGGCGUUGUCUGGUGCAACGUUUAUGUGACGUGUGACGUGCUCGCCUGUUCAGCUAGUAUUAUGCACAUGUGCUUCAUCAGUAUUGGCAGGUAUCUAGGCAUCAGGAAUCCGUUGAAGAGUCGCCAUCAUUCAACAAAACGAGUAGUUGUCAUUAAGAUUGCUCUCGUCUGGCUUCUAAGUAUGAUUGUUUCGAGCUCCAUUACUGUACUGGGACUGAUCAACAAGCAGAACAUAAUGCCAACUCCAGAGCUAUGCGUCAUCAAUAACCGAUUCUUCUGGGUUUUUGGGUCACUGGUGGCGUUUUAUAUACCAAUGCUGAUGAUGGUGGUGUCGUUUGCACUCACUGUACAACUACUAAAGAGGCAGGCAAUAUUGGCUGCCACUCCAGUGCCGGGUGGUACACAGAGAAGGCAAUGCGGAGCUUUUGACAACGGACCAUCGCAGAAUGUACGGCGUAUAAACGCAAGAAGUUCUCCUGAUCUGUCACCGGCAGCUGUCUCCAGACAUAUGACUUGGCGGGUUACUACCGUAUCCAGUCGCUCCCAAAGAAACAAAAUAGGCAUGAGCGUUUCCCACCCUCAGUUGAGUUAUAUGAACGGGUGUAAUGGAAACGGGACCGGCUCUGGAUCGAGGAAAGGGAGAGAUGUAGCGACACAAACGCCGGCGAGCAUUUCAGCUGAGACUCGACGCGCUAAGUUGAAGCCUUUGAAGAUUUCAUUGGCUGCCCCCAACGCUUUGAGUUUAAGGUUUCUAACAAAUCGCAAGAAAGGCAGAUCGCUAUCAGCCAACGCUGUAGCUAACGAACAAAAAGCUACAAAGGUCCUUGGCUUAGUUUUCUUCACAUUCGUCUUAUGUUGGGCUCCUUUCUUCUUACUUAAUAUUCUGUUCGCGUCCUGCCCUGCCUGUAUCGUGCCAGAACACGUGGUAGAUAUUUGUCUAUGGCUUGGCUAUGUAUCGUCUACGAUCAAUCCUAUUAUCUAUACAAUCUUCAAUAGAACCUUUAGAGCGGCAUUUUUGAGGCUUCUACGCUGUCACUGUAGUAGACGGGGUCGUUGCACUCUCUACCGAGCGGUUGGAUCUACACGCGGUGCAUCGCAACUCUGUGCCAGGUCCGCCUUACCACUUGCUAUAUCAUUGCGACCAGCCGCCAUGCCCACUACCCAAUCACAGGAUACCACCGAAACAGUUCUUAUUGAACCACGGUUAGAUUUUAAUGUUAGAUAUUAAAUACCGUGAUUUUUUAAAAACUGGUUCUAUAAAAUUGUAAUCAUAAAAAGUCUUAUUAUUGUGAUCGCUGAUAUAAAACAGUGUUUAAUAGGGCCUGAUUAAGUUUCUAUGAAUAUAGCAAUUUUUAGUCGAUAUAAAUUUAUCUUUGUAAUUUGUAAAUCUCAAUAUUUAUUGAUGUUUGGUAAGAUCGGAAGAGGACAUACGAAGAGACAACGAGAAAGAUGGUUCUAGGCCUUACAAGAUAUAAGGCUGAAAUUUAUACCGUACUUAAGGUGACAUUCAGAAACGGAACUUAGCGCUAAGUGUGAGUAAAGCAAAAACGUAGUUACAUAAGGAGGUCAGGCCAAAAUUUGUUUUUGUUUGUUCUAUUUAUUUUGGUCUCGUUUUCAUACCCUUACACUUAGCUUACACUUAUAUAAGUUAAGUAAGUGAUCUGCAGGUUGAAAUCACUUCCGUUAGACAUUUAUUUAUUUUCCCAGAUUAUUAUUGUAUCUCAGUAAUGAGUUGGUUACACAAUAAAACAUCUGAAUAAUUCGUUUAUUAAAAAUACUGAUAUUAA